AGACGCGCAGAUCUGCAUGAUGCGGUUAGUGUCUCUUAUCCUACUGGCCCUUAAAGCAAUACAUAGUCUGGAGUGCCGAGCCUGCUGCCCAUACUCACAACAUCACUUCUGUGCGUUUUCAGUUCUUGUUACUCUUUGAGAGAGUGUGUUGAAUUCCUUUCUUUCUUCGUCUCUUUUUCUUGUUCAUCGUCGCCGGCGACGGGACUGCUGGCAAGUCUGGGAUUACUCCACACGUUCCUUGAACUAAACAUACAUUCUUUGUAAUCUUUGCAAUGGCCGAUACGGAGAAGCCUCAGUGUGGCAGCGAGGCGGAUGCUGCCGCUUACGACUUUCCCCUGCACGUUGCUGCAGUUUUCAUCGUCUUCUUCGCUUCCAUCUUCGGUGCUGGGUUUCCAGUAGUGGCGAAGAAGAUCAAGUGGAUGAAGAUCCCACCGAAAGUCUUCUUCUUCUGCAAGCACUUCGGUACUGGUGUUCUAAUCGCUACUGCUUUCGUCCAUCUACUGCCGACUGCCUUUGCGUCGCUCAACGACCCAUGCCUGCCGGAUCUAUUCACCGACGACUACCCCGCUCUACCAGGUGUGAUCAUGAUGGGUUCACUCUUCAUUCUCUUUACGAUUGAGAUGUGGCUUCAUGCAAAGACUGGCGGUCACAGCCACGGUGGCGCAACAGGAGAGGCAUUCAACGGCGCACAGCACUCUCAACACUCCACCACUGGCAUCCAGGCAGCCUUCAACAACCCCAUCCGACGAGUCGAGAGCUACGAUUCGCAGAGGACAAUGCUUGCUCAGCGGGACGAGAAGCGAGGAUGGGUCGAGGAGUCAACAUACCCCGUGGACAACUUCCCAUUCCCCAAGAGCGGCAGCGACGAGCUCGAAGCCAAGUCCGAGAUGCCACCAUGGUUCAUCGUCUUCUACGAGCAAUACGUGCGUCAGCGCGACGAGAUGCUUGCCACGAUCAACCGUGCCAUGCCUCCUAUGCCAUCAUACCAGCAACAGCAGGCUCCUCAGCAACCCGAGGCCAACUCGUACUUUGACGACGAUGUCGAGCAGGCUGUCGAUCCUAUGGUUCUCAAGAAGCAAUCCAUGCAAAUCACGCUCAUCGAGGGUGGUAUUCUGUUCCACUCCGUCUUCGUCGGUAUGACCAUCUCUAUCACAGCCGAGGGUUUCAUCAUCCUGCUCAUCGCCAUUGUCUUCCAUCAGAUGUUCGAGGGUCUUGGUCUCGGCACGCGUAUCGCGGAUGUUCCUUACCCCAAGAACAGCUGGAAGCCCUGGGCUCUCGUUGUUGCUUUCGGUACUACCGCGCCCAUUGGCCAGGCUAUUGGACUCUUUACUCGGGGAUCUUACGACCCCAAUUCGGCAUUUGGUCUCAUUAUCGUCGGAGUGUUCAACGCUAUCUCGUCUGGUCUUCUCAUCUACGCUGCGCUCGUCGAUCUGUUGGCCGAGGACUUCCUUUCCGAAGAGGCUCAGCACACAAUGACCGGCAAGACCAAGACUACUGCGUUCAUCUACGUCCUCAUGGGCGCAGCCGGUAUGUCCAUUGUCGGAGCUUUCGCCUAAGCGCGCUGGGUAUGGGCUACUGUUUUGCAGUACCCAUCGACCUUCAGCUUCGCCGAGCUUUACUGCACUACGCGCGACGCUUUUCCUUCCUAUCUAGACAAGAUCUGCCACAACAGCCUGGCAGAAUGAUC